CAUGAACACGCCUCCCCCUCCAUCGCGACCUCGAAGGCCAUCCUUACAAUUACUGCCUCCAAAUUCCUCAUACUCUGGCUCUCUAUCAGAUCUGUACUCUGAUGCGCGGAGUCAUGGGUACUCAGGCCACUCAAAAACUGUCCGCUUGCCACGAGCUACGGCCAGUGGAGGUGGCGCAAUAGCCAAGAGCGAAGACGGGACGCGAUGCGUCGUCGCUGGACGAGAGUCCUUGAGGAUCCUUCGGAUGUCGGAGGCGUCCAACAGCAUGACUGCUGAACAUAAAUUCUCCAUUGGAAGGGGCGGACAUCGUAUCGACGCCUCCAGGAAUUUGUGGACAUCAAAUCUUCUAAAGGUCGAUAGCGUUAAUACUGACGUUGCCUGGGGACAUGGGAACUUCGAGAACAAGAUCUUGACCAGCGCGAGGAGCGGCGCACUGGUUCUCUGGGAUCUAGACCGAAUAGGAAGCUCUAAGUAUGAGCAUAGGAUCAGAGAGCAUUCUCGCUCAAUACACAAGAUUGCCUACUCGACGAUAGUGCCGUAUUACUGCAUGACUGGCUCCGCCGAUGGUGACAUCCGGGUCUACGACCUUCGCGAUUUUAAGAAAACUUUGACCAGGAUCCACUUUCCCACUGGUGUUCGUACGGUUGCCUUCUCUCCAAACACUCAUACCCCUACCCAAGCGAUUGUCGGUCUCGACAAUGGCAGCCUUUACCGAUGGGAUUUGACAAAGGGACAGCGGGGACAGAUCGACCGAAUACCAGUCGCCCACUCGGGUCCUAUUCUCUCCGUGGAUUGGUGCCCCACUCCGAGCUCAUAUUCACAACCAACCGGCGGAAGCAGUUUCGGGAACCUUACCGAGCCAUCAGCGCCAUCUGGGUCUACCUCUGCGUCCGGCAGCAGUAAUGGGUGGAUCGCCUCCGCCGGACUCGACCAUAUCGUAAAAGUGUGGGACCUCACAUCUCCCAAUAAUGCCUCCCAUAUCUCACACACUCCGACGUACCGACUAUCAACCUCUUUCCCUGUUAGACGAGUCUUGUGGAGACCGGGGUACGAAUGCGAGCUUGCGGUCGUUUCGCACGCGGAGUUUGGGACUGGGUCGAUGCAGGAUAUGAUGGCGACGUCGCCUCCCAUGGGCAGUGAGGAGGCUACUAUGCAGCAGGAGGGCGAGAGGGACGUCGAUGGGGCGACGAUGCCUAGUGUGGCGAAGGGAGGAAAUGACUCAGGAGAUCCUGUGGAGAUCUGGGAUGUUAGGAGAGAAUGGAUCGCGAAGUGGGUGGUUGGUGGAUCUGCUGUCGAAGGUGGCGUGACAGAUGUGGCUUUUGGCGAUUCACAGACACUUUGGGUCCAGCAUUCGUCUGGGACGUUUUCGCAACUCGAUCUUCGACAUUCUACGAAGCCUAUAGAUGCCAUCCCCCGCAUGGCUCUGAGUUGGGAGGUGUCUGGCUCUUUCGCGUUCGUUGCGGACAGGAAAUCGCGCUGGGAGAUCCCGUAUGACGAUAUCGAUCCUGCGAAGCUACGGACACUGGCAGAGCGCAGAGUGAAGCCCAAGGCGCUCGGUGACGGGCCUUUCAAACCUACUACACAGAACGUGGCUACGUGUGGUUAUGAGCACUCUCCUGAAGAUCUCGCGACUUUCACAACUCUCGCUCUGGGGUAUAUAUUUGAAGGAUUUGACAGGACGACCAUAUGUGGGUUGAACGCUGAGCUAGCGUUCGAGGCCAAUCAACUUCACCACGCUCAAACGUGGCAGCUAUUGCAGUCACUCCUGGAACCACCACCAACAGAUCCGCCGCCGCUGCCAACACCGCCUCUGAGCCCUUUACCACUCCCUACGCCGACUCUACCCCACUCAAUGUCUGCUCCCGCCGCAAUUCCCAGCGUAUCAAGCCUCCAAGCGACGACUCUCCUCCAACCUCCACGUCACUCAACCGAACCACUCCACGGAGUUCCAUCACAUACUUCAGUUUCACAUCUAAGUCCUUCGAGCUCUCCUCGACGCCCACCGUCUUCCGGAUCGACCUCGCCCUCUCCUCAUCGGAACGCUCAGACCAGCAUACCCUCGACUACGACCAGUUCGACAACGGCUCAAAGUCCCGUCGCGUCCCUGCAUGCACCAUCACCCACCUCGCGAGCUCCACAGCCUCCAGCCUCUAUCUUCGCCCGUCGUUCCUCCAACGCUACAUUCCUACCUCCUCCCGCGAAAGUCAGGACGAUGUCAUCGUUCAGACGGCUUUCUGUAUCCACUCCAUCACCGGGCUUGAGCGACAGCACCAGCUCCUUGCCUGUCAGCAAUACAAGUAGUGGCAGUCUGCGCCACGUAGGCGAGGGCGCACUCGACGAUUCUGAUUCGGAGGAUGGUGGCAGCGCUCAUAGUAGCGAGGACGGCUCGAACGGCGCGGGCGCUGCGACCGAAAAGGAGAAGGAGAAAGAGACGAGCGUGGCGAGGGAUAAGUCACGCAGCCGAUCUUCUUCGUCGAAUGUCGUUUCUCCGACUACUUUGACAUUCUCGAGGGUAUUCAGUGCUGGUGCGGCACCGAGCCCGAGUCCGUUGUCCCGUGUGGCUGGACCUGGAACGUGGACUGACUCAGACGAGCCGAGCGACGAGCGGCUGGAGAGGGACGAUGGAGAGGCCGACGAAGAUGAGGAUUCGGAUUCGCCCUCGCCUGCGUCGACGGAUACGGACUCGGACGAUUCGCCCAGGGACGCUAGUGCGGUACGCCUUGUCUCUGCGGAGCGGGAGCGUGUCGCAUCGGGUGCUAGUGCCAGUGUCGUGCGAUCCAAGUCGAGAUCUCAGACCCGCUCGCGGAAGAAUUCGGUCACUUUGCGCCCGAAGAAUAAAAGGAGCGCGACGUUGGCCGUGACCGUUCCGAGGAACGACCCCAAAAGUCUGGCGAAACAGGGAUCGAUGAAUAGUAUGCGGACCGUCACGGCGGAGGAAACGUCCCUGCAGCAGCCUGAGCAUGCGCAUGAUGGCUUGGAAGCAGUCAUUAUGGGUAGGAAAGAAAGUGAUCAUCGACGGGUGAUAGAUGGUGGCGCGAUUGGACGUGACGGUUCACCAUUAUCGAUCAAGAGGGGCGUGUCCGUAGGCGGACCACAAGCGGCGGCCGGUAGCCUUUUUGCCUCCACCUCUCUGCGUGGAGAGAAAGAGGAGAGGAGUGAGGAGGAGAACGGCGUCCAGGGCCAGAGGUUCAAGGCGGAGAUUGAGAAGCAGCAUGAGACUAUGAAGGGGUGGGGUUGGAAUGCUUUGAAGGCUGCGUUAGAGGCGUACGCCGAAGAGGGCGACGUUCAGAUAUGCGCGAUGAUGGCCCUUGUUGCGGGGGAGGAGUUGCAGGUGAAGCCGAGCAGGUUGGUGAGGUUUGUGGACAGCUACAUUGAUCGCCUGACGCGUUUCAAGCUUUACACUGCGGCUGCAUAUUUGCGUAAGCAUGCUCCAGCGGAGGAUGCGCGUGCGGCCACGAACCUGCAAACAACGGUAUACGUGACCUGCGGGAGAUGUGAGAAGCCAAUCAUGGUGCAUCAAGGCAACUCUUUCUGCAACUCGUGUAAAGUCUACGCAUCGACUUGCUCUAUCUGUCGCCUUCCGGUGCGGACGGCGCGCUUCCACUGCGCCAUCUGCUCUCAUGGUGGUCACCAAGAGUGCUACCGACGAUAUCUCUCCCAGCCCGGAACCAUGGUCGAGAUCGUCCGGCCGCCCACCCCACCUUCCUCCAUGGUCGCCGGCGAGACCAAUAUUAGUAGAGGAAGGUCGCUUUCGAGGAGUAGCACCGCCUUAACGCUCGUGGACGAACCUCUGUCCGAUGUCGCGCCAAAAACAGAGCUUUCGGCUGCUCCGAAUGUGCUGCAGGUUCAGCCUGGGCCGAGGCAGUUGAGGGGGCAUCGCUGUGCUGCUGGGUGUGGACAUCUGUGUUGGGCUACGAAUAGCGAAGGGAGCUCGGAGGUUAUUUGAGCGACCGUGGAUUUUCGGCAACGUAUGUAUCUCAUAAUUUUUUAACGCACAAGAUAUACUUGUAUUUGUGGACGCGGCGUGUGCGCUUCUUGCU